AAUGAAGAAAUUAAAACUUAUUUGAUGUGAAAAUGACUUAUGUAGAUGGCGCCUGUGUUGAUUAAGAGGAAAUUUUAAUGGCGACUGUGUACAAGGUGUUGGUGAUUGUGGGGUUGCUCUCUUUGAUUCAUGCUGCCUACUCUGCAGCUCAGCAUAGGUCAUAUUUGAGGCUUACUGAACAAGAAUUCACUCAGUUACCACUAGAUAUUAUUGUUCAGAGUGUAAUUGGACUGAUUGCAACAAUGUAUGGGGUAUUAUAUGUUGCAGGUGACUUCAAAGAAAUACGAGCGACAGUAGAAUUAGAAAACAAAUCUUUUGAAACAUACGGAAAUAGGCCAUCUUUUUAUAUAUUUAAUCAUCGUGGAAGAGUUUUAUCUCCAAACUACAUUCAAUGAAAAUGUGUACUAUAUAUAUUAUAUUUAUCUGUAUAUUGUACAUAUUUAAUGAAUAAAAUCUCAUGUGUUGGUGAUAUGUUA